UUAGGAAGAUGUUGUAAAAGAUGAGGAGAGAGUUUUCGUUUCUCCAGUCACAAGCGGAUGCGGAAGUAAUAUCCAACAACUUCCUUAUCCUUCGUGAAUUUUUCUCUUACGUCAAUGGAGAGUGAUAGCACGUGAUUAGCUUAUCAUCAUGUUAUAUUCCCACAACCACCGGAGAAGAAUAUGUAGCGAGAGGCAACUGCAACGAGGCUUCUGUAACAUCACUUUUCAUCCUUACCCUUUAUCACAAUUCAAUGGUUCCAUCUCACAUCGACACUCACAAAUUUUGUAUCCAAGGCAAGUUUCAGACGCCAUUUUGUAUGCAUCGCUUGUAGCCGUGUUUUAUGCUGCCAUCAUACUUAUUGUUGUUGGAAGUAACUGCCAUAGAUUUCGAAAACAUCAUUCCACAUCAGAAAAAGGCACAAAGCGUGUCGCCAAGCACCUCCUCACAACCACCGACACCAACCUUAAUAUAUUCCACAUUGUACUCAAAAGGCACAAACCACCUUCCAGCACAAAUCCCACAAUAGCGAUGGUUUGACAGUGUAAAUAAAAAGUUCUCUUUUUUAAAAAAAAA